CGUCAACAGGCAGUGGCGCGAGCACCGGGCGGCGGUUGGAGGGAGGCGGCUCGAGCAGCUAUUGCUGCUGUCAUGAGAGUGCUGGGAUUGUGAUACGUACGUGAGACUGCAAUGACAAGUCAGAGCAGUAGCUAUGCAGAAAGAGCAAGUUCUAUAUCGUCAUCACCAAAAGUGCAGGUUCAACGAUCCAUUUCUCGAGAGACCAUCACUAUACACUUUUCUGCCUUUGGUAAAGAGGAGGAAGAGGAGGAAGAAGAAGAAUUUAAAGAUUCCUCUAUGAUUCUUCAUGAAGACCAAAGUUUUGUACCAGGACUAAAAGAAAAAGAAAGUACUUGUGAACAUGGUGGCCAACUUUUAUCGGAGCGUGCUACCUCAUCAAAUAUGUCACCGGCAUCAACUUCAGUUACUGUUGCCAAUUCAUCUUCAGCAUUAACAAUUACCUCUUCAGAACCAUUGGAAACAUCAGCAAUGGUGCCUUCUGCAUCACUUACUACUAUUGCUACUGCAUUGCCAUUAUUCUCAUUACCAGCUCAACUGUUAGUUUCUACCACUUUGCCUUCAGAGGUGGGAACUACAAUUUCUGCUUCUACAUUUGAUUCUGCACCUAAAUCUGUUGUGCAAUCUGUUGUCCCUUCAUCUUCAUUGACGAGCACAAAGCCAUUCUCGAGUUUAGUUAAAUCUCUUUCAACAGAAGUAGAACCAAAAGAAGCCACAACCCCUCUGACGACAAGGCACUUAAUGAAAACACUAGUUAAAUCUCUGUCAACGGACACAUCAAAGCAAGAAUCUGAACCUGUCCCAUUUAGGACCUCUGAUUCUCGAAUAAAUUUACAUCUCUUCAAACAGUUUACUCAACCUCGUGUCACCGGUGGAGAUUCUAAGACUGCACCUUCUUCCCCAAUCACCUCACCAUCAGAAGGUAGGUCUUUUUUUAAAGUAACAGAGGUGGAGGCAAGAAUUGAAGACACUAAAAGACGACUCUCAGAGGUUAUUUAUGAACCUUUUCAACUUUUAAACAAGAUCAUUGGUGAUGACACCAGUAGUCUUCGACAUAAGGCUUUAUCAUCCAGUGCAACAGAACUUUCCACUCUCGCUAGUUUAAAUGGACAUUUGGAAAGCAACAACAACUAUAGCAUUAAAGAAGAAGAAUAUGACUCUGAUGGGGACUAUUCAACAAAAGAUUCAAUUCCAAAUACAAAUAGUUCCAAGCCCCUGGAUGAGUCAUCAAAAGACGGGGACACUAAGAACGCUCAGGGGACCACAAAGGAGGUUUCUUUGAAAGCAUCAUCUCUAGGUUUAGAAAAAUGCUCACUUUCUGUACUUGCCAGCAAGGACGAUGAUGAAUACUAUGAUUUAUACCUUGACAAAUUUGAGAUAGAACCUGAUGAAGAGAUCGUUGUGAAUAAAGCUUUAGAACCUCUAACUAGAGAAGAAGCAAUUGAAAGUGAAAGUAAAUUAUUGAGUCAAAGUGAAACUGAGUCUGAAGAACAGCAACUUGAAGUUCCAGUUAAGACUUUAUUACUCUAUGCGAUUCUUGUAUAUUCCUAUUUAGUACUCCCUCUGCCAAGUUAUUUAAGUGGUUUAUUCCUAGGCAUUUGCUGUGGAUUUAUGGUAGCAAUUGGUGUUGUUUGGCUGGUGGUACCAAGAAAGUCGAAGGGCUAUCAACAGUCACAGAGAAGGCUUCAUUUUGAACAUCUAACUACAGAACCUCUGGACAUAAAGGAACCAGAAAUAUUCAAGGGUUGGAUGAAUGAAAUUUCCAAUUAUGAUCCUGAAACCUACCAUGCUACAAUGACCCAUUCUGUCUUCGUUCGUCUCGAGGGGACUGUACUAAGGCUGUCAAAACCGAAUAAAAAUAUUUCUCGAAGGGCUUCUUUCAAUGAGGCUAAGACGAUAGCCACAUACAUUAGUCAGAAGAUUUAUGACAUAUCAGACAGUAGGGUGCAUUUAGUUCCAAAGGAUCUGGCUCGGAAAAGAGUGUGGAAUAAGAAGUACCCUAUUUGCAUUGAACUUGCCAAACAAGAUGACUUUAUGUCAAAGAUGGAGGCAGAGACGGAGAACAUGGAGGAAAAGCUGCCUGCAGAUAAAAUUGAAACUGCAAUUGAGGAGCCAGUGAAAUCGUCUGUGUCACAAGAAUUUGCAAAGCCAGUUUGCCAAAAGGACCAGGUUUUAUAUCUUUUUGGAAGGACUGGUAGAGAAAAGGAAGAAUGGUUCGGGAGGUUCAUUUCAGCCUCAAAAUUGAAAGUUGAUGCCAAGCGACCAGCCAGUCUAGGAGGCAGUGGCAUACCAGGUUUUGUGCCAUCACACAGUAGGAACAAUAGCCAUUCAGGAAUGCUGACUCAUAGUCGCAGUAGCAGUAAAGGAAGUGUUGAAGAAAUCAUAUCACAAUCAAGACAGAAAGAUCUCAUGUCUGGUGUGCGCCAGAAAAUGCUUCUGGACUAUACUUUCUAUAUGGCAAGGUACAUUCCUGAAGAGCCCUCAAGUUCCAAUGUGAGUCCUAUCCACAGUGCCGAAAGUAGUCCCACAGCGAACAGUAAGUUGCCAAACAGUCAAAUUGAGAACUCAGAACAACAAGUGGCUUGGGUCAAUGCAUUGGUUGGAAGAGUCUUCUGGGAUUUCUUGGGUGAAAAAUACUGGUCAAACAUGGUGUCUCGAAAAAUCCAGAUGAAACUCAGCAAGAUUAGGUUACCAUAUUUUAUGAAUGAGCUGACAUUGACAGAACUUGAUAUGGGAGCUGCUAUGCCGAAAAUAUGUCAAGCUUCAAGGCCUUCAGUUAAUCAUCAAGGACUAUGGAUUGAUUUGGAGAUUUCUUACAAUGGAUCUUUUCUGAUGACUUUGGAAACUAAAAUGAACCUAGCCAAACUAGGCAAGGAGCCACUGGGGGAAGGAUACAAAGUAGGCGAUGUUGGCAAGGAAGGGAGUAGACCGAAAGCCUUUUGUCUGGCUGAUAGUGAUGAGGAGUCGUCAAGUGCUGGCUCUUCUGAUGAAGAAGAUGCACAAGAUGUGCUGGGAGGAGACAAGGUACCAGCAGCAGUGGCAGAAGGAUAUGUGGGAGGACAUCGACCAAGCAAGAUAAUGAGACUUGUGGAUAAAAUUACAAAGUCAAAAUAUUUUCAGAAAGCCACAGAAACGGAGUUUAUUAAGAAGAAAAUCGAAGAGGUUUCAAAUACACCAUUACUGUUAACAGUAGAAGUUCAGGAAUGCAAAGGAACAUUGGCUGUGAACAUUCCACCACCACCUACUGACAGAAUAUGGUAUGGUUUCCGAACACCUCCACACUUAGAGUUAAAAGCUCGUCCCAAAUUGGGGGAGCGUGAAGUCACUAUUGCACAUGUAACUGACUGGAUUGAAAAGAAACUUGAACAAGAAUUCCAGAAAAUUUUCGUUAUGCCAAAUAUGGAUGAUGUGUAUGUUCCAAUCAUGCAUUCCGUCAUGGAUCCACGUUCAUCCACAGUGUGGCCUUCAAGGGAGACACCAACAGAAGUUGCUGAGCGACUGUGAUGUAUGAAAGUUUUAUGUUUACAGUGUUAUGAAGUUGCUGUUCAUGUGCUUUCAGCUAUAUCAUCUGUCUUUUGGAUCAUUAGUGCCACUACCCUUCCCUGGAAAUCUUGCAAUUUGUUGUACUCAGUAUGUGCAGUUUGCUGAGUGUAUGUCUCUCUUUCUGUGUAUUGUUAACAGCUAAUAUCGUUCCAACCCAUUUAUCAUGCAGGCCAUUCCAAGAAAAUAAAAGCCAAGAUAGAGAGAGAGAGAGAGAGAGAGACUACAUGUAAUUGUAUUUAUAAAUGACUUGUUUGCCCUAAAAUGCUUCAGUUUAGACUGAUUCUCAUAGCCCUAAGAAAUGAUUUCCAGAACAAUGUACUUGUAUAGUUGCCUGCGACAACCUCCAUGCAAGUGCAGAAUCGAUGCAUGAAUUGCCUUUUGGGUAUGAAUAUUUGUUCAGAAUAACACAUCACUAAAAUGACAAAGCUGGUCAAUGAUUGCUAAUUUUGCAUAAGUUUCUCUUGGAAUCCUUGCACUCAUUGCUUUGUGGUGAUUCAUCAUGAGAAAGAUAUUUGCAACUGCAUCCUCUUUUUAUUGACAAAUGGAUUCUGCUGAUAGUCUGCACAUAAGUCUGGCAAGUUUGCAUCUGCAAGCGAGAUCAAUAUUAUCCCCUUCAGACCUGGUAAUUUAUAGAUUGUAUGGUACAUUAUUUUGUAGAUUUUUUUUACUGAUCAUUAGAUUCUCAUUAUAAAUUGAUAUAUUACUUUUGCCUAACUCAGGAGCAGUUUAGCUGCAUAUUCUUUUUUUCAACUCUGACAUGUCUUUUUAUUAGUUCAUGUAAUCAAAAAUAGACAACCAGCUCCUGAAAUUAUCCACUUUUGUGUGGUGUCUGCACAAGAGGGAGAAAUGAUAGGAUUAUGUGACAGCCACUGUGAUAAAUAAUAUAAAAUUAUAUAUUUUUAAGUUUUGCAUUUAUGGUUUAUAUAAAGUAUUGCAGUUCCUAACAUGUUAUAAUGUGUAGAGAAGUGCUGAAAUUCACUGUAGACAGAGUGUCUAUAACCUGGCAGUGAAAUCACAGAUUUAAUCCUUAGCUGAUAGUUAAGAUUGCUCUAUAUAAUAGCACAUGGGUAUAUUUGAGAGAUAGCCAUUUCAUUCUAGUAAAGUUUUUUUUUCUCCUUCACCACCAUUCUAGUGCAUGGCAGAAUCACCUCAACAUUGACAAGACCCACCUAAGCAUAAAUAGAUCCAGAAUUUUUGAAGACAGCAGGUUAAAUAAUAUCAGACCAUUUACUCCAAUUUUUGUGAAAUUAGUUAUAUAAAAAAACACAAACACUUUUAUAGAUUGUUGUCCUUGUUAAAUGUUAUCUUCACUGAAUGUUUAGAGGCUGGCCAAUCACAGCUAUAACCAAUCACAGUGGAUCUACUGUUUAUUCUUAAAAGUGGUAGUGUCUGCAAGAAAGUGUUUGCAGAAUGUGAGCAAAUGAAGUAAGGCUCUUGCUGUCUCUAAUGGAGAAGGUAAUCUCAUUUCAAACUCUUAAAACUUUUGAGUUGUCAUUAAAAGCAUUAACAUUUUUUCCAGAAAUUUUAAAACACUUUUAAAAUUGUGGUGAGGAAUCCUUGUAGAGUUUAUCUGAAUGAACAAAGGGGAAGCUAUAAAAAUGUUGCAGAAGUCAAUCUGUAAGUCAACUUAAAAUGCCAGUUUUAUUUUAAAACCAGGCUUUGUUUAAUUUCCCUAUAGUGAGGACGUUGUGUUCUUUCUGAGCCUUUGUAUGCAACAUUUCUACAUGAGGUCUGCAGAAAUUUUAAUGUUAUUUGUGCUUCAGUGCCACUGUGCCCAUGGUUAUUAUUAUUUGUCUUGGCUGUUCUGUGUUUUUUUUUCCAUAUUUAUUUUGAGCCAUAACUUUCCCUAGACAUUCAAAUUGUAUAAAUUGCCAUUCAUGACAUGAAUUACAAAUAGAUAAUUGAAGUCUCUACAGCGUGAAGGAUUUGACAAAUUGUCGUUCAAGAUGAAGUUUCUUUGAGAAAAUUGACCAUUUGCAGAAUGUUAAUUAAAACUAAGUAAUAUAUUUUAAGAUGUGUAUAAAGUUGUAUUUUUAAUUUUAUAUAUUUGUUUUAAUCUAGCCCUGUAGGUACGACAUUGUAUUUUGUUUCAAUUUAAUACCAAGGAUACAAUGGCCACAACACAGUUUGACUGCAUUCCAGUCUUAAUCCACAUUAUUGCUUUCUUCUACUUACCUUCUGUGGGCAAUAUUUGCCUGCCAAAAAAAAUUUGCAUGUCUUGUUGUAGUUGGGUCAUUUGACCUGAAUAAGUGUGCAAUAACGAAUUAUGAGUCCAUGGACUAAAUGCACUAUACAUAAUCAGAAUUAAAUGAAGAUUCUUAUAAAUUGUCAUAUUGUACUUCACAUAAUCAAAUUAACAUUGUGAAGGACUGGC